AUGGGCAGUUUGAUAUAUGAUGAGCCUGCCUGCACUCCUUUGAUGGGCCGUGGUCUUGGGCCAGAGAACAGAACAAAAAGGAAAUCGACCAUCACCACCUCAUCUUCCUUCAGCCACCUACCCAACCAGUGGCACCCACCCACCAUUCCUUCUCACGAAUGGUCCGAAAUACCCUCUCCAUCAACGACUUCCUAUAACGCUUCAACACUUCGACUUCACCAAACAUUUUCCAUCUUCCAAGGCCCCAGCUCUUUCAAUGGAGGACGAAGCCUCUCAUCAUCAAAGACCGCAGAUUUGGAUGCUCCUCUUCACGCAAUUGGCUUCGUGAUUGAAGAUGUCUCCCCCCACAGGGUGGCCGGCCGCCUCCCUGUGACUCAUAAGUGCUGCCAGCCGUUCAAGGUCUUACAUGGAGGGGUGUCGGCCAUGAUCGCAGAGGGCCUGGCAAGCAUGGGAGCUCACAUGGCUUCUGGUUUCAAAAGAGUAGCCGGAGUUCAGCUCAGCAUCAACCAUCUCAGACGCGCCGAGCUGGGUGACUUGGUCCAUGCCGAAGCCACCCCUCUUCAUGUUGGCAAAAGCAUCCAGGUAUGGGAAGUGAGAAUUUGGAAGAUAGAUCCUUCAAACUCUCAAAAUAGAUCCUUGGUAUCAUCGUCUAGGGUUACUCUUCUAAGCAACAUGCCAGUCCCAGAUCAUGCAAAAGAUGCUGACAAAGCUCUCAAGAAGUAUGCAAAACUGUGAAUAUUCAUAUGGUUUGAUUUGUUUAAGUAAUAAGUACAAUUCUUCUGUAACCAGAAUUGCAUCAAGUCAAAAAAAAAAAAAAAAAGAAUUCCUGAGAUGCACAACAUGAUCAUAUCUUUUUUUGUGCAUUUAUGUAUAUGGAUAAUGAAACAUCUUGCAAUUAAAGGUUCAGGAGAAGCCUGGAAACUAAUCCAACUGCGAAAAGAAACGCUAUGCACGAUCAGCUUUUCUC